AUGUAUCCGAAAGAAAUAAGAAGUGAAGUUAGAGAAAUAUAUUUAAGUGAAUCUGAUUUAGAGGGAGAAUUGGACUUAAGAGAUUUUACUUAUAAUUUGCUUGGGGGUGGUUCAAAAAUCUAUGUCUCUGCUCAGGUAGAUGAAUCUAAAGUAAUCUUUCAAAAUAAACCAAGAGGAGUUGAAAUCAUUAAAUGCCUAAAUGCUCAAGAUUAUAUUAAUCAGCAAUAUCCUACCCCAAAAGAAAGAGAGAAAGAAAAGGAAUUGAGUUUUGGCAAACUUAAUAAUGUCUUUAAUAAAAAAUCACUUGAGGUAGACUAUUUAGCUAGGGUUUCUCGUGGAUUAAAGGAAUUGCAUGAAAGAAAUCUUGUUCACGGUGAUUUUCAUAGCGGAAAUAUCUUAGUCCAUGAUUCAAGGAUUUUAAUUUCUGAUUUUGGCACUUCUCAUUUAUCAUCGCAAGAAAACGGCAAAGUUUUCGGUGUCCUUCCUUAUGUUGCUCCAGAAUUACUUCUGGGUAAUUUCUACACUCAAUCUUCGGACGUCUAUGCUUUUGGUAUGAUUGCUUAUGAAUUAUUGACAGGAGCUGUUCCAUAUUAUGAUGAAGAUUGGAACAAUUUAGCAAAAAAAGUAGUUUUUGAUAAUUAUCGUCCUGACUGA